AUGAAUCAAGAGCGAGUUGAUGAGGAAUUAUUACGUGAAUAUGCGUGUAAUGGUGAUCUGCAUCAGAUUCGAACUUUAUUAACAAAUAAACCGAAUCUAAAUAUUAAUAGUCGAAAUGCUAUGAAUGGAUGGACAGCUUUGCAUUGGGCGGCGAAACGAAAUCAUACUGAUGUAGUCAACUAUUUACUCGACAAUGGUGCUGACCGAAGUGUACAAGCUCAUGAUCAAUCAACAGCAGCACACGUUUGUAAAAGCGAUGCCCUUCGUGAAAUUUUACAAUCGGAUACGUCAACCACUUCGGUUUCACCUUGCACAGAUGAACUUCCAAUCAUUCCCAACUAUCUUCGACAUCCAGUUUUCCCAUAUGUUUCACCAGUAACUCAAACAACACCUGUUACUUCAGUCGAAACACAAACGAUUACUCUUCUCUGUCGUAUUGCUGACGAUCCAUCGGAAACAGAUUUCGUCGAGUUCGAUUUCAACAAGACACCAGCGAUCGGUGCAUACGAACGACUUUUAAUCCAGAUCUGUCAUGAACUUGAAAUUGAUCGCGUUGACAAAUUACGUCGUUUACCUUGCAUACGCGUGCGUAAUGAUGGUGAUGUUAAACGUUUAAAAGAUAAUCACAUGUUAGAAGUUAUUCAAAUAAAAUCUGAAGAAAAAACGACUUGA